GAGAGCUCGCACCGUGGCACGUUCAUGGGCCUCGGAUGGGCUUGCUGCGGCCUGAGACCCGAACCCGUUUAAUCGGAUCCGCAGGGAUUCUCUCACCGAGACCGAGCCGGAGAACAGAACCUUCUUCUUCCUCCUCUGUGACGAAAAAAAUCCAACCAAAAAUAUCAGAACUUGCAGAGCUAAAGCAGGAGGAGGAGGAGAAGAUGGGGGGAGGAGGUGAGCUCAUGAGGAGGAUUCCACGCAUCAGAUUCCCACAGAGGCAUCCCAACACCUCAGCUUCAGUGUCUGCCGGAGCACAGUUGGAGGCCGCAUCGGCAUCUGGGAGCCUGGGGAACGUCUCGAUGCCGAGGUCGGAUGUGCCUGCUUCUCCGAGUGACAUGGCCGUGGGAGGGAAAGCUACGCUGCAGCCCAAACGCACGCCUGUCUCGGACCAGGAGAUUGAAGCCGUUAUGCUGGGCGGCAGCUUCUGAUAUUCGAGAGGGCCAAGAAGCUACCACCCAGGAUGGAUAAGGAGAUUGGAAGAUUGAUAGCUUUUUGCAAUCUUUCUCUGUAAGAGUAUGCCCUCUCAGGCAGUGUUCACAAUGGAACAAUGUUGUGGCACUUUGAAAUAAUCCCGAUUGAGUCUCGAUGCCCCGUGUGUUAAAAGGUGGUCAAGCUGUGAAAUACAUCGUGUUUAAAGCUCGAGAAUCA